UACCUCUCAUUCCAACUCAUUGCACCAGUGUGCACUAGUUCAGGAGUGCAGCAAUAAAAAACAGACCCAUUGCAUAGGGCGACUGGAAGCCAAAUAACCGGAAGAAAAAGAAGAAGUAAAUGUCAUAAUGGAUAUAAGGCAAAAAGUUAUACAAAAGUUCAACGAACACUUGGGAUCGAAUUUAAAAAAUCUUGAAGGAAUUUAUGAUUUCCAAGAACGUCUCAAAGCGGAGAAGGAUGAAAUUGAAAAAUCAUUGUCGAUGGCAUCAACCACUGCUCCAUCCAAGGUGAAAGCAGUCGUCGAGAGCGUAGAACAUAUUAACGGUGAGGUCGAGCAGCUGGAAGAAACUUGUUUGCGCCUGAGCAAAGAGAUCGAAGAGAUGUUUAGCGAGAAUGACAAAAAUUUAGAGCUGCAAAAAAUUAUUGACAAGAUAGGGCAGCUGGAUAAAUCGUUAUCCUAUCUACUCUUCUUAGAAUAUAUCGAAAACAUUAGCGACGAGAUGGAGACAGCCUUGUUAUCUAAUGACGACCAAUCUAUGAUAACUCUAUACAUAAACUUGACAAACAUCAGUUGCCAGUUGCAAACCUCUGUGUGUCGCCAUUUGGUCAGCUAUGUUCACGAGACCUUGCACUUCUGGCACAAUCUGAUAAAGGAGAAAUUUUUGAAGGAGUACAAUGACUUAUUGAAGACGCUAAAAUGGCCUUUCUGCGGCACCAACGCCACUUCGGUGAAUGCACCUUUGCCAGAAAUAAUGACAAGAUUCAAGAUAAUCACUGAAUAUCUCUUUCAACUGCAGUUACCAGAAGAAAUGAUAAAACCUGUAGUAACAUCUGUGCUGCUAACUGAUUUUGCACCAGUUAGUUUACCGAUCGCCUUUUUAGUACGUCCGCUCCGACAAAGAUUCGUUUAUCAUUUCACAGGAGCUAAAUUGACGAAUCGUCAGGACAAACCGGAAUGGUUCUUUACGCAGAUAUUAACGUGGAUCAAGGACCACGUUCAGUGGGUGCAAAAGAACAUUCAACCUGUGGCAGAUUCUAUAGGUUUUGGACACUUGGAUAUAAAGGCUGAGUUUAUGCGCGCUCUAGUUCAGUUAGCCGUUGAGAAACUUCAUUCCGAAUUGCCCAUAGUGCAGUACGAUGACGCUCUAUUUGCGCAUUUGGUAGAUGAAGCUUUGGGAUUUGAAAGAGAGUUGCAAGAAACUCUGCUAUAUCCACAAACUCAGCCAGCUACCAUUUUCGUUCUUACGCAGGCACAUAUUUUUGUAAAAUGGAUAAACAUGGAGAAGAAAUACGCGACUGAAAAAAUGGAUGCAAUACUAAGCUCAAACACAGCAUGGGAAAGGCUGGCGGGUCCUGAUAUAGAUGAUAUGAAAGUCACCGAGUGUGCGGAUGCCUUUCUCACACUCCUCACUACGAUUUCUGAUAGAUAUAAACAUUUGCCUCAACCCGGUCAUAGAUUACAGUUUCUUGAGCUGCAAUUAGAAUUGGUUGACGACUGGCGAGUACGAUUGUUGCAAUUGUUACAUGAAAAUUAUGAAAAUCCGUUAACGUCGCUUAUGCCGCGUAUUCUCAAUACACUACAUUAUGUCGCGACUGUUUUGGAAGAAUGGGGCGCGACUGUUCACUUCUUACAGUUGCAUUUUUUCAAGCAAUUUGAAAGUGUGGAAAAUGCUACUGACAGAGGUAACGACGUUAACGAGAACAUCGGGGACAUAGAAGGGAUUGUAUUUGACGAAGCUGUAGUUCUCUUACAACGAUUAGAGAAGGAAUUGAUAAAUGAAAUCAGUGAUUCAGUUGCUUUAGAUGUAAAGGCAAAAAGUAGAGCUUACAGGACGGAUAAAUGGUUUGCGAUGCAAUCUUCCAAAGAAGUUGCUUCGUUAUCAGUAACACCAAGUGGCUGUCCUAUGUUCCAAGAACUAGCUACACGUCUUCACAUAUUGCACAAUGUUCUUGCACUGCCGUUGUUUAAUCAAGCUUGGAAAAAUUUAGCCGCUCAAUUUGACCAAUUUCUUUUCGAAGAAGUUGUACUUGUAAAUCAUUUCAAUAGCGGCGGCGCCGAACAAUUACAAUACGAUAUUCUGAGGAAUCUAUUUCCAUUAUUUGGUCUAUAUAUUAGCCAACCAGAAUCGUACUUUCCUUUAAUCAAAGAAGCAUGUAUACUUUUAAAUGUCUUGACAGGUUCAGCGAUAUUGCUUGAAGAAGCACUAAAUAAUAAUAACAAAAAUGCAUUGGUAGAGAUUUUGGCCGACGUCGGAGUGCACAAAAUGUCUGCUAAACUUGCUCUGAAAGUAAUAGCGACAAGGACAGACAUUAUCCAUAUAUAGGGAAUCUUUUUCUUGAAUAUAUUCUGUAAAAAUAAAAUUUAUCGUAGU